AUGAUCGGUAAUAUUCUCUCUACAACAGUUUGGUUAUUUGCACGAUCUUUUACUUUGUUUCUAGUGGCACGAAUUAUUGCUGGCUUGAGUGAAGGAAACGUUCAAUUGAGUAUUGCUAUUAUUUCUGAUGUCACUACACCUGAAAAGAGAUCUCGCAGUUUGGCUUUAGUCGGUAUCGCAUUUGCCAUUGCGUUCACAGUGGGGCCUGCUAUCGGUGCCUGGUUCGCCUCCGUUGACCUCAGUGUACUUUGUCCUUCCCUUGUCAAAUUCGGCAUCUACCCUUACUCUAUGGCGGCCUUGGUUGGCUUGGUUUUAUUGUUAAUUGAAACCGUAUACAUGUAUUAUUCAUUACCAGAAACGAUCCAUUUUCGUCAAGGAAUGGAGAAGUCCUCUUCCGGUAAUCCUGCUGGCGAUUCUACUCAGCAGCAGCGUCUAUCCUUAGCGGCCAUUCAAGCCCGUUUGAUGAACUUGAAAUACCUCAAACAGAUUAUGUGUGCUUUCUCACUCAUAUUCUCUGGUAUGGAGUUCACUCUUGUAUUUUUGACAUUUAACGUAUUAGAUUACGGCCACAUGCAACAGGGCAAAUUAUUGGGCUAUAUGGGUAUUAUUUCUGCUUUAAUUCAGGGUGGUUAUGUCAGACGCCGCGUCCAAAAAGUGGGUGAAAAGCCCAUCGUGAUUCAAGGUAUGGCUACCUGCGCUCUUGGCCUUUACUGCCUUGCUUCCACAUCAAAGGCUGCUAAAAUAAGCCCCUCCACAUGGCUUUACGUUGGUGUGACAUGUCUUGCUUUCACGUCUGGUACUGUAGUGAAUUGCUUGAAUGGACUGGCAAGUUUACAAUGUUACGAAGACGGAAACGAGGAUAACGGCCUCUCUAAAGGACGUGCUCUGGGUGAGUUCCGUAGUUUUGGUCAGUUAGGUCGAUCUCUUGGACCUAUUGCUGCCUGUACGCUUUAUUGGAUUUUUGGUCCAUCUAUUUGUUAUGCUAUCGGUGCGAUCGUUAUGAUGGCUCUUACUUGGAUCACCGUUUUGAUGGCACCAUCAAGCUCAAAGUCUAUAAGACAAAGCCAAAAGAGAGCAACAGAUAAAUCUCAGAAGGCCGAUUAA